AUGCUCCACCACCCGCCCCCGCUCGUCCCCGUCGUCUUCACCGACGACAACGUCCCCGCACCCAACGACAAGACCGCUCCCCUUCGACAGCACGCCCACCCACACCACCCACACCAGCACCACGUACAGAUCAUCCAGCUCGUCGAAGCCCCGCGUCCUCCCCCCACCGCGCUCUCCCAUCCCCAGCGCUGCGCCCCCUCUCUCCUGCCCUCGUCCUCCUAUUCUUCUUCGUCCUCGGCGCCCUCUGCAUCCUCCUCCCUCUCGUCCGCAUCGGCAUCGAUAGAGGAAGAGGGCGAGGCCUGCUCUUCCUUCUGCUCGUCCUCCGAUCACGAUCCAGACCACGAUGAGGACGAGGACGAGGACAGGGACGAACCACCAGAGCUGCCCCCACACACGCGCCGCGAUCCCACCCUCGAUGACACUUUUGGCGUCCGCAUGCGUCGCGUUCGCGCCUGGCGCGAUGCAGUCCUCCUGUCCGCGCCGAUCCCUCUUCCCAACUCCACUCACGGGUUCCCAGCCCCCGACCCUGCCCCUGCACCCGCGCCAGCCCUCGUUCCCAUCCCCAUCCCCGUCCCAAGCUCGCCACUGUGCCAUCUCAGCAGUCGGCCGGAAGGCGGUGACGCGCGCGAGCUCGAUCCGCCAGGAUCAGGAUCGGCGCGGGCGUUCGCGUCGGCAAAUGUGGCUGCGCCCGAGUCGGCGCCGGCCUCGGCGCCCGUGUCAGUGUCGGCGUCGGCGUUUGCGUCGGCGUCGCGCAAGCGGAAACCGUUCUCGACUGCAUCGGUCGAACUCUCUGUCUCCGCCUCUGCCUCUGCCUCCGCCUCUGCCCCGUCGUCGGCUUCUGCGUCGUGGCGUGUCGAGACGUACGACGACGCUGACGUCACCCCACCCACGCCCUCGAAGCACCCCCGUCCCCUUCCACACUCGCCUCUCAAUCGCCCCCCGCACCCGUUCACCCACCCGUUCGCGCACCCACACUCGCGCUCGCUCGGUCCGCCUUUGCAUUUGAAUUUUAUUCCCCACUUGAAUUUACACCCGCACCUCACCUUCCACCCCCAUUCGCAUCCGCGUACGGGUCAUGCAGGAGGGAACAAGGACGCAUGCUGGGUCGACGUUGGCGUGUUGCAGGAGCAGCCGUGGCAGCUGCCCGGGCGAGUGUAG